GCGUCAAAGUCACCUGGAUACCGGAGCGCGCGCCCGCGUCACCCUCAGCAGCUGUCAGUCACUGCAGACACCCUGUUGAGUUAAUUACACAGGACAAAUAUUUUUUCCACGUGGAUAUUUCGCCUGUUUGUAGUGCUCAAUGUAGACAUAAACUAAUACAAGUUUGGAAAAAAGCUUCGGGAGAGUUGACUAAGCAACGAACAGCUCAGGAAACUAACGGGGUUCCUUUUAUUUGAUACCAAAUUGUUUAAUAAUCUCAUAAAGAAUUAACUGAUCGGAACGGAAACGGCGGAUUCGGUCCAAUUAAGAUGAAUCUUUGGAAAGUCCAUCAAGUUCCCCUGAUACUAUUAUUGGCCACUGCAGUUGGGUGUGGCCAGGUGCUGGACCGCACGCUCAGUUUGUCCAAUGAGAGGAGCUCUAUAGAGAGAACAUAUGAGCUGACCAAAUACCUGGACCACCAGCUGAAAGAAAUCAGAAACACUUAUCUGUCGUACCUUGGACCUCCGUUCAGUGAUCCCGGCUUCUCCCCUCCGCGUCCCAACAGCUCCUCUUUAUCCGUGCCCAGUGCAGCAACACGGGUGGACUUGUGGCGUGGGCUGGAGAACGGCGCCCGCUUGGCACAGAACCAGCGAGCAUACAGCGUUCUUCUCUGUGCUGUGAGGGAGCUGGCGCGCUCCACCUUGUGCCCGUACCUCCAGAGCUCCCUCCUCCACUUCUGCUCCGGCCUCAGCGGGUUACUUGGCUCAAUAUCAGGGCUGAUGAAUGCCCUAGGCUACACCUUGCCCCCACAUGGCAACUUACCACUCUCCCCAGGAUAUGUUACCCCUGCUCAAGGAUACGCCCCACCCCUGUCGUCACAGUAUCAGGGAGUGGGCGAGAACAGCCCCGCCCCUCUACGGAGUUACAUGCCUCGAAAGCAAGGUGGUCAGACCACAUCGGGCGUUAAAGAGGGAACGAGUCAGGGGGAUGUAAAGCGGGUCAGGGAGAGGGGUAGGAGAGGAAGGAGAAGAGAAGAAGAGGGCUGGGUAGCCAGAGAGGAGGGCGAGAAGGAGGAAGGAAUGGAGAGAUGGGGAAAGAGGAGAAGAUUGUUAAGUGUUGAAGAGGAGACGUCAACAAAACUGAACUACAACAAAAACAUCAAUAACAACAAUAUGAACUACACAACUCUCAAAUUCAGAGAUGGAGAUGGAGAAAUAAACCAGAAGCAGCCUGUACUCUUUUCCUCGCCAUCUCUCCAUCCUCGUCGCUCUAUGCGCUCUGAACCAUCCUCUCAUCCCGGUCUCUCUCCGCUUUCCCUCCUCUAUCAGUACGGAGGGCCGGCCACCGAGAUUCACUCUUUGUUGGCAGCCCCUGUGCUCUCUUCCCAUCCCGUCCCCAACGACUUUUCACGGAAGGUGGAGGGAUUCUGGGUGCUGCGAGAACUGCAGAGCUGGCUGUGGAGGUCAGCCAAAGAUUUCACCAGACUGAAGAAACGACUACGCGUUUGAGAAAAAACAAGGCUUUGUUCCAAAACCAAGUGAGCUGCCUCGCUGUCUACUGCCUACAAAGGCAGCUGCCUUCUAAAGCCAGGUGCACACUGUUUGAUUUAAAUGCCACAAUUUUGCCGUCUGAGACACAUUUCGGGAUCAUAAAAGAUAGUUUGACAUUAACAUGUUGCUAAGCUAACAGUGCAAUGCUCUAAUAAGCACAAAAUGCCCAGAACACAGACAUACUAGGUGAAAAUAUAUUUUAUUUUAAUUAGAUUGUACUAUUUUAUAAAUUUUUCAAAAAGUUUCUAAUUGAAAAAUUUCAGGACUGAAUGAGAUUCAGAGGAUAUUUAUUAUUAACAUUUACACAUUUUCACUGAGCUUGUUACAAUCAGGGAUUUCCAAAUACGCUGUUUCCGUUAAUACACGCUACAUGUAAUGCAAUAUCUUGCGUUACUUAUCUUGCAGUAUUAAUGUAAAAGCCUCUAAAGCGUGAAGAAUUCACAAAACAGAAACUUCUAAAAAGUAUAUUAAUAUUUAUUAUUUCAAGAGCUCAGGUUUUCAGGACAGUUUUCAUGUUGUUCAUGUUUAUAAAUCUUUAAUAUGUUUGAUACGUUUAAAUAAAUGUUUGUUCAGGAAUACUUGGGGUUCAGCUCACUCGACAACAUUUGUGACAAUGUUGAUAACAAAAAAAUAAUUUCGCCUCGUCCCUCAUUUUCUUUAAAAUAAGCAAAAAUCGAGCUUACAGUGAGACACUUACAAUGGAAGCCAAUGGGGCCAAUUUUUGGAGGGUUUAAAGGUAAAAAUGUGAAGCUUAUUAUUAUAUAAAAGCAUUUACAUUCAUUCUUCUGUUAAAGCUGCACUAUGUAACUUUGCACUCUCUAGCAACAUCUGUGGCUGGAAGUUAAAAUUGCAAGCAGUUUGCAGAAGAACACAUUACCUGAAUCGUGUUUCGGCACUGCUCUUCUGGUGGAUGAAUCUCAUAAUUUCAGCUUACCUGGACAUCGUCUGUGUGUGAUUAUGACUGGGAGAUAUUUAGAGCCGGAGUCAAAACGUGCUAUUUUCAUGUUGAUAUUAUGUUAUACAAUUAAACAUUUAAAACUGAAAUAUUACUUGCUUUGAUGAAGAUAAAAAAACACUCCUAUUUACAUAUUUUGAAUGAAUGAAUUUUACACAUAUAGCGCUUUUCUGACACUACACUCAAAGCACUUUUACAUAGAGAAUAGGGUAUACCAGUAUUACCAGUAUAUUUUAAUAUGAUUAUUCAAGUGUUUUAUCUUCUAUUAUGUUUGUAUUGUACUACACAUGUCAAUUUAAGAGGUGAUACUCGUGAUAUGGCUGAUAUGAGUUAAAUGGAAGACUUUAUUAUUUUGAUAUUGUAUUGUACAGCCUCAGUUGAUAAUGCAAGUAAGCCGUAAUACUACAAUAUUAUGUCACAAAAUAACACCAUAAACUAAAAACAUAAAAGGAGAAUUCAAUAAUGAUGGGGAUAAAAUAUUCUUUAUUAAACAUGAAAAUAAUAUGCUUAAAUAUGCAAUAUAACAAUUACAAGAAGUACAUUUCAGAAGUCAUAAAUAUUAAACACUUCACAGUAACUUCACUGGACAACGUAGAUACAUUGCGAUCGUUUAACACACAAGUAAUGUUCGAUUCAUACAAGCAUGACAAGCAAUAUAAGCUUCAACAACCCUACCAGAAAACAUAUCCAAGCAUUAUAGCAGGUAAACAACUUCGCCAAACGGAUAACAGAUAAACAUCCAUCCAGAUUGCAGCAAUGCUGCCCUGAACUGCUUGAAUGUGACUGACUGAACAGCGAAGUUCGUUUCUCCAGUCGGAACACGAGACAGACGGUCCUCCUUUCUUGUGUUUAAGGACAUGACGUAAUGACGCAAGGAUGUACGUCAUAAGCCAGCAAUUUCGUGCCAAAUCCUACCCAACAGCUUAAAAUACAAAUUAUUUUUAUAUGUUUAACGUAGCGAAUUGGGGUAAGGUAAGGACAUUGUUUUGAACAUUAAUUGUUUAUGUACACAAUCAAUAAUGCUAAUUUGUUAAUUUUUAACCAAAAAAUCUUACAUAGUGCUGUUUUAAAACUCAGCUAUUAUUUAAGAUGUAAAGUUGUUUAAAUAGUCGUUUACUGGAGUUACAGGGUUUACAUUAAAUCAUCAUAGCAACGAAGUUGUAAAAUUGCAUAUAACUUCACAGAAAAGGUUAGUAAGCAUUUUUAUCACACUAAAAUCAUGUUAACAUGCAUAUUGAUUACGUCUUGUGGCUAUACUUUUGAAACAGUGAGUAUUUUAACAUUUACAGAUUGGCCCCAUUCACUUCCAUUGUAAGUGCCUCACUGUAUCCCAGAUUUGAACUUUUUUAAAGAAGUCGAAAUAAAUUUUUUGUGGUCGAUUCGAAUACUGUCGAUUGAGCUUAAACUAUAUUGAAUAUAAGUUUGGUCUUUUACAAUUUGACAUUUGCUUCUUUUUUUUGGGGGGGGGGAUUUUCUCCCCUUUUUCUCCCCAAUUUGGAAUGCCCAAUUCCCAAUGUGCUCUAAGUCCUCAUGGUGGCAUAGUGACUCGCCUCAAUCCGGGUGGCGGAGGACGAAUCUCAGUUGCCUCCGCAUCUGAGACCGUCAAACCGCACAUCUUAUCACGUGGCUUGUUGAGCACAUUGCCGCGGAGAUAUAGCACGUGUGGAGGCUUCACACCACCCACCGCGGCAUCCACGCACAACUCACCAUGUGCAUCACGCACGUGACUCUACCCUCCCAAGCAACCGGGCCAAUUUGGUUGCUUAGGAGACCCGGCUGGAGUCACUCAGCACGCCCUGGGAUUCGAACUAGCUCCAGAGGUGGUGGCCAGCAACUUUACCACUGAGCUACCCAGGCCCCUGACACUUGCUUUUGACAUUUUGCACAUUAUCGUCAACAAAAAUAUGUUAUUUUCAUCAGCUAAAAUUAUAUGCCAUUUUAGCUGAGGUAAAAGUGAGUAAAUUAAUGAAUAUGACAUGAUGAAAUAUUGACUAAAUUUAAAGGAAGACAAAAAUGAUGACUAAAAUAAAAAAACUGUGUAAAAAUGAAAAUUGAUGUUAUGCAGAAGGAAAGCCUCAGUCACCGUUCACUUUCAUUGUAUGGAAAGAAGACGCAAUGAAACUGAAUUGAGACCCUAUGAUUCUGCCCGACAUCUCCUUUUGUGUUCCAUGGUUUUGGAACAACAUGAGGGUAAGUAAAUGAUGAAAGAAUUGUAAUUUUUGGGUGAACUAUCCCUUUAAUUAUACCUUUUGGAACAGUCUUCGUGUCAGGAGUGUGUCUAUGAUGCCUUAAAAAGCUGCCUAUUACGGAGGCAGUUCACUAGGUUUUGAAACAGAGCGAAAGUGUGUGUGAAAGAUUGCUUCACGCUUUAUGUAUGGAGAUCUAAGGACUUUCAAUGGUCACAUGCUUUGCACUAAAUCACCAAACAAAAACGAUGGCCAGGAGAUGGGAAUUACGUCGUAGACAAAGGAGAAAAAAGUGCUCAUUGAGAGCGAGACAUGAUUCAGCAGAAGGAAAGUGAAUCAUGUUUGGAGUCAUGCAGUAGUGAAAGGGUGAAUGGGGAAAAGUGGAGGAAGUGUGGCGUCACCAAAUACACAAUGGAGAGUUUUUGCUGCCUCAGAAACUGACUCAGUAUUGCCUCAUUGCCAUUCACUGUUCAUUUUCCACACACACACCUACGUAUCUGGAUGUUCAGAUGGUGUGUUUGGACAAACAGAAAGGGAAACAUAUACAAAAAAAAAAAAAAAGCCAUGGAAUUACCAUGUUUCUUUGAAGUUCCUUGUUUUACCAUCUAAAUAGUAACUGUACCUAUGGAAAUCAUUCAGUGCUAUGGUAUAUAUUAAAGUCCUAUAGUAUUACUAAUUUUUAUUUGGACAUGGUGCCAUGGUAGCAUGGUAUUCUUUAAAGUACCUAACAAUACAAUCUAAAUACCAUGGUAUAGGUAUGGUAUAUAUCAAAGUAUUAUGGUAUAACCAUGAUUUUUGAACUUGUACUACAGUAAAAUGGUGGCAUUCUUUGAAGUACCUUGAAGUACCAAGUAAAUACAAUGGUUUGUGAAUAUCAAAGUACCAUGGUAUUACCAUCUGAUCUCCUACACAUGAAUUUAUGUCAAGAAAUAAUGUCAAGCUGAGGGCGUAUAAAUAUGUAUGAGUGUUUGUGAAUAUUAUGUACAGUUUUUUCUGUAUGUGUGUGUAUAUGUAGUUUUAUGUCUGUUAUAUUUAUUUUAUGUUAUUUAUUUCUCUGGGAUAUGACUGAAUGAUGUCAUGUAAUUCUUGAGUACAAAAGGCCUUUACUAGCAACACUGUGUGUGUGUGUGUAUUACUCUCACCCCUUGAGGAAAAACCAGAGGGACUGGAAAGAUAGCACAAGUUUUAUUCGUCUGUCUGAGUUAAAUUUAUGACCACUCUGUCCUUUCAUCUAAUCCCACAUCCUCUCUUCCCCUCUAUCUCUCUCUCACGCCUCUCCUCUUCCCUGGCACUCACCUAUAUACACACACACACACACACACACAGACACACACAAACAUGCAUACAACAUUGGCUAACAGUAUACAAGACACAAACAAAAACGGCAUAGUUAACAAAACACAACACAGACAAACAAACAUCAUGGCACAAACAGAUGAAAUUGUAGGUGAAUGAAAGUUCUGGUGCUUAAUGUUUCUUUUCUUUAGGCUAUGUUUGGGGUAAAAUUAAAGGAUCCAUGAGAAUCUGUCUUUCCCUUUGAGCAACACACCUGUACUGGAGUUACCACGGUACAACCACACCCACACCCACAGACAC